CUGGGCUAAGGCCAAGCUUCAAUUCGAUAGGCAUCUCCACUUCAAUUUCUUUUGCAGUGUAUUACCUUUGAUACACGCAAAUCCAACCAUAAUUCAUAUCACACCACGAUGUCCUUCAUCGCACGCACCCUACGCAUUCCAAUGCGCCUCUCCGUCCAGCGUCCAACACGAGCACAACUCACCCUAGUCCGUCCAUUCCAGUCCUCCACCGCCGUACUCGCGAGCAAGAAAGACGACCUGAUGGACAAAGACAGUAUGCAGACUGACUCCUCCGAAUAUUCAAAAACAGGAUCCGAUAGUGGAGCAGCCGACGAGAGCGCGGCUUUCGAUCCGAGUACAACCAGACCUGAGACGGAGGAGGCACAGGCCGAAAAGGAACAUGGCAAGGAUUCAUCGUUGAACGUCAGUCCGGCCAAUCAUGAAGCGAGUCAACCGGGAGACCCAAGUGAUAAUGGCGCAGAAGGCUCAAAGAGGGAGAGCAGUGGGCAAGAAAGUUCGAGGGGGAAGACGAGUGGAGGUCGGAAUAGGGCCAAGAAUGACUAGGAGCAGGAGACUCAAAAUGAGGGCUGAUAUCAAGCAGUGGGAGUUAUGAUAUUGGUAUAGGACCGAGCGAUAAGGAGGUUUAGCGUUCGGAGUUCUCCAUGGGAGGUGUACUAUCAUACAUAUCAAGCAUACUAACCCACGGUACCAUAGCAAAGUGCGUAAUCAAGGGUG